GGGAAACGAUCCACCUGCAGCGCAGCGCAGCGCCUCGGUCUCGACCAGCUCCACAGCGCAAUUUGCCCGUCAGCGAGCCGAAAGCCCGAGCGGAGCGUCCUCGUAGCUUUCGCUGGUCAGCGGCGACGGGAGUGCCAUGGUCGCCUGAGCCCCGAGAGACCCCCCCCCCCGCCCUCUCCCCCGUGAGCAUGUCGGUGCUGUGCCUCCUCGCCGCCGCCCUCGUUGGGCAAAGCGCGGCCCGCUACGCCGCGAACUGGACGAGCCUGGACGCGCGGCCGCUGCCGUCGUGGUACGACGAGGCCAAGGUGGGCGUCUUCGUCCACUGGGGGGUGUUCUCCGUGCCCGGCUUUCAGAGCGAGUGGUUCUGGUGGAACUGGCAGGGCCGACAGCCCCCGGACGCGAGCAUCGUGAGCUACAUGGCCCGGAACUACCCGCCCGGCUUCAGCUACGCGGAGUUCGCGCCUCAGUUCAAGGCUCAGUUCUUCAACCCGGAGCAGUGGGCCGACAUAUUCAAGGCGUCCGGGGCGAAGUAUGUCGUCCUCACCGCCAAACACCACGAGGGCUUUACCAACUGGGGCUCUCCCUACUCCUGGAACUGGAACUCGGUGGACAAUGGUCCUCACAGGGACCUGGUGGGAGACCUGGGAGACGCCGUGCGCAAAAGGUCGUUGCACUACGGACUGUACAACUCCCUGUACGAGUGGUUCCACCCUCUCUACUUGCUCGACAAGAAGAAUGGAUUCAAAACACAGCACUUUGUGCUGGAUAAACUCCUACCAGAGCUUUACAACAUGGUUGUCAGGUACAAACCUGAGCUCAUCUGGUCCGACGGGGACUGGGAAGCACCUGACACCUACUGGAACUCCACCCAGUUCCUGGCCUGGCUCUACAAUGACAGCCCUGUCAAGGAUACCAUUGUGACCAAUGACCGAUGGGGAGCUGGCUGUGCCUGUAAACAUGGUGGCUACUACAACUGUGCAGACAAGUACACUCCGGGCAAGCUGCCCAAGCACAAGUGGGAGAAGUGCACUUCUGUGGACACGUUAUCCUGGGGUUACCGGUGGAACAUGCAGCUGCGUGAACUGAUGGGCUUACCCUCCAUCAUAAAGGAUCUGGUCUACACUGUUGCUCUGGGAGGAAACUACCUUCUGAAUGUGGGCCCCACAAUUGAGGGGAUGAUCCCUCCGGUGUUUGAGGAGAGGCUUAAGGGUGUUGGGGCCUGGCUAGAUAUCAACGGGGAGGCCAUCUACGCCUCUAAACCCUGGAGGGUCCAGGCGGACAACACCACUGUGCCAGUCUGGUAUACAUCUAAAGGGACCACCGUCUAUGCCAUCAUCACAGACAAACCUUCCAAGUCCACAUUGCAACUGUUUGAACCCAAAACAUCAGCAGCCACUCAGGUGACCUUAUUGGGGAAUCCGAAGCCCUUACCCUGGUCCCCAGUCAGUCCCAGUUCUGGCCUGAUCAUCCUCCUGCCCCAGCUGCCCUUUACCCCCGGUGAGGCCUGGACUCUGAAACUGGAGGCUGUUCAGUGAGCCUGAAACACCUCGGCUGAUUUGAAUGUGGCUCGCAUUUGGGACUUAAUAUACUCAGGUUUUUAUUAUGUGGGAUAAAGGGGAUACUUUUGCACAUGGGACUUUUUCCAAAAAAGGAAAUAUUGCAGAUUUCAGGUUGAAUUUGCCACUGACUCUUAAUUUUAAAAAAAAUGAUUUAUUGAUUGUAAAUGAACUGUCUUAACUGUCUAAUUUCUAUUUCAUAAGUGAAUCAUUUCAUGUUUUAUAUUUUUACUGUACCCUUUUUUUAAAUUGCUGAAAUGGUUGGAUGAGUGAUUUUCUGAAAUAUGCACAACUUUAAGAUGCAUUAAAAUGCUUUUAUGCAAGA